AUGGAGGUCGCUCCAGAUGUGCGCCCGCAACGUCGCGAUCGCGCCCGCCUCUCUUCACGCCGCACGCUCCUCCGCACACCGAUCCUCCCCCGCAGCCGCCAAGUGGAGCCCCGCAGUCAAUCGGAAUCGGACAGCGCACGUAGCUGGGAUCCCCCGCCGGGCGCGUUAAUAUCAAUUUCGACUGCACGAUCAACGACUUCACGUAUCGAUCUGCGCCUCGAGGCUCGGGCGCUCUUCACACAUGUUGCCGCCGGGUGCUCGCUAGGUGCCCUGCAGGAGCCAGGCGCGCGGUUCGCCCCCAGCCUUGCACUCGUUCUCUGA